UUGACAGAUUGCUUCAAGUUCACAGUACUUAGUUACGAUUUAAAAAUUAAAAAUAAAAGCUUAAUUUAAAUUUUAUAAGUAGAUAAAGAUGUAACUAUAAAAACUUGCAGAACAAAGAAAAACUUGUAGUCAUUUGUUUUGUUAGCUUUAAAACAUUAUUUUUAGUUGUUUGGCCGGUCUGGCUUAAUUUUCUUUUUAUUAGCUAUUAUAAUCGAUGAUGUAAGAUCAUUGAAGGUCUACUACAGUGCGAUCAUAGUUAAUCAUCGUUUUCGAGAUUUCAUAAUGGAAAGUGACAAUAAGGCUUCUGGAAACUACGAUAAAUAUGAAAACGAAAGCAGUUCUCAUUCGACACCAGGCGAACACAAGUCUUUUGCUGAAUUUGCAAAAGAUAAGCUGGAUAGUGAGCAGUGACCAAUUUGAAAGACCAAUUUACUCAGCUGGCAGAGAAUUGCGGAGACGACUACCCAUAGCUGGUCAAAUAGGAGCACACCUUAUGCACCCUCGCAGACUGUUACUACAUUCUACUCCGACACAACAAACCGAUGUGGUUCUCAUCUUCCCUAAAGGUAUCCCAGAUAGCAUGCUUCUAUGGCUAUUACAAAAAUUACGUGGUAGUCGUCCAAGACUCCGUGUGUGCGUGCGACAACACGCCUCCUCACAAUGCUCUGCCUUCUAUAUAACAGCUGACGACGAUGUACUCUUGCAAACAGCUGAGGAGAUCCACUUGCCAAAGCAACUUAAACCAGAGUUUGGAGGAGGGUAUAAAGAGUUCACUGUUCGCGAUAUGCAUUGUUUUCAAAAGGGAUCUUCAGCAUCAGAACUCCUUAGUUCCCAAGAAAGAGGCGAGCUCGUUAAACACGUGCUAGAAGCAGCUAGAGCAGAGCCUGGAGAUGAACACGCUUUAGAACCGGCGUUAACAUUACGACCAGGACAAAGCAUUGUUCCGGCAUGCGUUAGCCGUGGUGUUAUAGGGAGUAUGUUUCCGCUUCACGAGCGAAAUGAAUUGGAGAGUUUAAGGAAGAAAUGGGUCAAGACGUUCUUCUCGCCACAACCUUUAGAUGAGAUAAGCGAAUACUUUGGGGUGAAGAUAGCUAUGUAUUUCGCAUGGCUGGGGCAUUAUACACGCUCGCUCACUGUACCCGCCGUCGUCGGCUUCGUGUUUUGGGUUUGGCUGGGUACAGCGAGUGACCACUGGAAAGAUAUCGCUCACGUUUUGUUUUCCUUGUUCAACGUAUUAUGGGCGUGUGUUUAUUUGGAGACGUGGAAAAGGUAUUCCAACGUGUUGGCGUAUAAAUGGGGCACGUUGGAUCAGAGAGAUGACUUGCUCCUGGAACCAAGACCUCUGUUUCAGGGUGAGAUGAGUAUAAGCCCGGUAACGGGUCGCCCCGAGCCGCAGUACGCGGCUUGGCGACGUCGCGUUUGGCGUCAUUGCGUCUCUUUCCCCGUCAUGCUCUUGUGUCUAGGUGUUGCUGGAGUCGCUACUUUCGCAUUAUUAUUAGCUCAGGAUUGGUGGGAACACAGAAUAGGCUACUUAAAUUGGAUACCACGUGCCGCUUUGGCUAUUAUUAUAGCUGUGGAAGAGGAGGCAUACUCAAGGAUAGCCAGAUGGCUCAACGACAAAGAAAAUUAUCGGCUUGAGACAAAGUAUGAGAACCAUCUGAUUGUGAAAAUUGCAUUGUUUCAGUUCGUAAACUCCUUUAUGAGUUUGUUCUACAUCGCAUUCUAUCUUCAGGAUAUGGAUAAGUUGAAAGAGCAACUAGCAGUUCUCCUUAUAACGAGACAGAUAAUUGGUAAUCUGAAGGAAUCUGCGCUGCCGUAUCUUAUUGAGAAUUUGAGAUUGGCAAAAAUCUGUUUUGACGUGUUUGGAGCUUUGAGUCCUACUAAAGUUCAAACGUCAGAACAGCUAGCUGAACUAUUUGAAAAGGAAAAAAUCUCAUCAAGUGGCGAACCACCGGAGUUGUUAUUGAACGGCACAGACAAAGACAGACGUGAUUCAGAACCUGUCGUGGGUCAAAAGGUCAUACAUCAGGCUGAGCUGGAGUCGCAAUUGUUUAAGUACGAAGGCACAUUCGCUGAAUACCUGGAGAUGUUGACUCAGCUAGGUCACGUGGUAUUGUUCUCCACUGCAUUUCCUCUAGCGGCGUUAUGUGCUCUACUGAAUAACGCAUGUGAGAUACGAGCGGAUGCCUUCAAGCUGUGUCAUGUAGCCCAGCGACCCUUUGGAGAGAGGGUUAAUAGUAUUGGGAGCUGGCAGCACGCAAUGGAAGCGAUGGUAGCAGUAUCUGUAUUAGUCAACUGCGCGUUGAUUGGUCUAUCUGGGCCCGUACAUCGAUUGUUGCCUGACGCGACUCCUGCUCAGACUGUUCUACUCAUUGUGGCUUUAGAGCACGUGGUAUUGGUGACGGUACUGGCUCUACGCGUGGCGAUUCCUGAGAUCCCGGCAUGGCUUGCUACUGAAAUGGCGAAGGUGGAGUUUCAAAGACGGGAGGCUAUCAAUUCUGCGCACGCGCCGCUAUUGUCGGAAUUUCCUAGUCAAGACGACAUACGUCCCUCUCGUACUCCACGAACAUUGACACCAACAACUCCGAAGCUCGAAAAACCAGUGGAAAAAAAGAAAAUUAAUAUUGGGAAAAUUUCUGAAAUUCCACCAUUUAGGGUUGAAAUUUCCAGGCCUAAAGCAGCUUCUAUAGAUCCAGCAGUGACUACCGGUUCGCUGCAAAUGUUGCAAGAUGUGAGUCCUACUAAGCCUAUAUUACGGAAGGAAGCCAAUCCAGGUGCACCGUUGUCACUUCUCGGCGUGCGAGGGUUAAGAGAUGAACCACUACACCGGUCUGCGCAUUGUAUUCCACACCCUACUCACCACAGGCCUCUUGUCAACCCUACGCUGCAGGAAUUAUCGGGAAGUGUUAGCGCUGGAGGAUCAGAGCCGGAUUUGAAUGCUGUUCCGUCUCCUACUUCUCUAGACACCAGCGCUACUUCCAGUGAAGACGACAAGCCUAAAGACAAGGACAAGAGCAGUCGUUCCCGCGCACGUGCGGCUUUAGUGAAACGCGUCCGAUCAGUGGCCGUAUUUUCUCUGGGACUGCGUAAAGCACGUGAAGCUGCGCAGGCGCACGACAAACACUCGCCACACACACCAGAGCGACCGCUGACUACGCCGGGUCAUCCGGCGCCAAUAUUAGGUGGCGAAUUAUCCCUAAUCCCCAUAGAACAGCUGAUCCAGGUGGAUGAUGUCAAACCAAGGCCGUCAACGUAAUCUUCCGUAGUUUAUGGAAACUCGUAUUAAGUUAUUAGGAUUACAGUUUUGUAUGGUUAUUGCUUCGUGUUAUGGUCGAAUACUUGUUUGAUGUAAACUUAAACCUAAAAAACCCCUAAUAUUUGUAGAUAUUUAUUGUUUUUUUUUUUAAUUAUAAUUUUCUAUACUUUUUCUUUGGUUUUCUUAUUUGGUGAUUACGUCAACAGUAAUUAUUUACUUUUCGACACAUAUUACCCACACAUUGUCGCAUUCCUACAUAAAUUAUGUAACUUUAUGUACUAUAAUUUUGCUCAUUUUUGCUGACAAGAUGAAGGGGCGGGGGGGUGAAUUGCAGUAAAUGACAACAUAAAUAUUUGACCAUAACUUGUUUAUUUUACCCCGUAAUUUAACAUUUUAUAUGUAGAUUAUGAGUAACUUAGGUGUCCCGGAUAAGUAAUUUAUAUUAAUUUUUAAUACCUUGUGUAAUUGUUAAUAUAUUGUUAUUGACAAUUGUUAAAUCCAUUUAGUAACUAGUAAUCUCGAUAAAGUAUUAUUUAAUCAUGAUUAUGAAAAGGUGUGAAUGUGCUACUAACGCGACUUUAGUAAAAAAGUUAAUCAAAAAGUAAUUUUUUUUUCGGAAUUUAAUUAUUAAGUCAAUUAUUUUUGCUCAUUAAAAUGUUUGAAAAGGCCAUAGAUAAUGCUAAAUCUGGUUCUAAAUUUGAAAUUGGUCAUAGAUUAAAAACUUAUCAAGUACAAAAGGUCAGAAUGAAUUAUUAGUACCAACGAGAUAUUUGUGAUAUUGCUGUGAAUGUGUGUUGUUAAACGGCUUUUUUAGCAUUUUUAACAUUUUGAAAGUUUUUCAAUGUUGUUCAUAAUAUGUUUGUUAAUUCAGAGAUAAGCUUUGGGCAGAUCUGACAUGUGUCAUUUUACCUUUAUCAAUCACUUUAUAUAUUUAUCUUUUUUCUUUCCUAUAUAUAACUUCUUAGGAACUAUGGAGAGUAGGAUAAUCUUCGUUUGUCAGAUCUGACUCGUCAACUUAUAAGCAAUCUUCUGACAAUAAUGGCUGUUAUUUCAAAUAUUUAUAUCUUCCUUCUGUACUUCAACUUAAUUUUUUUUGUGUGUCCGUGUUAUAUCUUCUUUAUAAGGACUUACAAAGAUACGAUGAAUAUUCUCUUAGAAGUGACUUAGCUCCUUUAAGGCAUUUAUUAACAUUCAAAUUUUUUGUCAAUUAUGUGUCUACUGCAUAAACUAUAAUCUUUCCCUUUUUACAGUACAAGAAUUUUAUAGAACUUAGUAAUAAGUGUUAGUAAAUGGUAAGAUAAUUAUUACAAAUAUUUUUAAUUCAAUUGAAGUUCGUUCUAGUAUAUUUUUAGAUUAUACUUAUUUUACUACAGCAACAUAAUAAAACAAACAUUUUUAUUACUUUGCAAUUUAUUUGUCUUUCUUCGAAUAUUGUACGGAAAUAGCUUUUCACUAUCAUUAAGGCAUAGUAAAGUAAGUUAGGAGUUGCUUAGCUUAGUUGGAGCUUAAAUUGCCUGUCAUGGGAUAAAAUUAUUUGCUUCGCCAAAUUUUUAUAUUAUGUAGUAUCGUAAUUAAAUAUUUGGGAGUAUUGUUUAUUAGCUAUUUAUUUACGAAUUUAAAGUGGCAGCUAAUAUUUUAAUUUUACAUAAGUUCGGAAUUUCUCUAGGGCCUGAGACGAAAUCAUGAGGCGUGACCCACGAACGAAUUUGUAUGAAAAUGGUCGACAAAGCGUGAGCUAGUGCCCGAAGUGGGUUAUGAGUGUCGAAUUGUGAUUUUGUCCAUGGUCACUAAAUACAGAGGUAAUAUCCCAAGUAACAGACAAUUGCAAUCUACGCUUACAAUAAACUCACAUUUAUUGUUAUUUGCUAAUACUGUUUAAAAAUAGUAAAUUUAUAUUACCUCACAUACAGGUUAGUCUCGUCCCGUUGAUGUAUUAUUAUUGUUAUAUUUAGCGACACAAAUCGUGAAUUUGUUAGUGAUAUAUAGAAAUGCUUUAUUCUAAAAUAGUGUUGCGCGCCGUAGCUAAACAAAGUAUUUGUUAUUGUAAUUAUUUUUAUACGGACUAUUGAUAAAUGUUGCAAUUUUAGUGUAAUAAAUAAAUUACGUUUGCAAUUUACAAA